AUGCCGAAGCCCUCCAUGUUACAAAUGUGGACAGAAACACGACAUAUCGCUAUGUGGAGUACUUACCAGUCAACAGAGAAAUCCAAUUCCACAAGAAAGGCGGGCACCGCCGCGCACUCCAGAGAUGCGUCUAAGAAAACGACGAAAGCAUACAGUAGUUCACAGAAGCGUCACAUCAGAAGCGAUUAUGGCGAAAAAAAUGAAUCCAAGACGAGAGAAAGGGAAGCAGGGCCAUACGGCUCGGCUCAAACAAAGCAGAAACCCUACUUCUUAACAGAACCGCCACUAUUCUUGGGAGAAAAAUGGCUCGAUGGAAAUCAAAAAUUUUGCUGA